AUGGCUUCUCAUCUCCUCUCAUGCUUUGAAAUCCCAACCUCAAUUACUGGGAAAAUCGAUAGCUUAUUAUUGAAAUUUUUCUGGUCCCACUCCGGAAUUCAGGGAAUGCAUUGGGUAGGGAAAAGGAAGAUGCAUCUUCCUCGAGGAAUGGGUGGGUUAGGAAUUCGGUGUAUCUCAACUCUAAAUAAAGAUCUUCUUAUGAAGCAAGUUUGGAGAAUUGUUACCCACCCUCAGCUUCUCAUCUCCAAGGUUUAUUCUGCUCGUGCUCGCUUCUUGUCUCCAACUCCUUCUCAGGAAAGACGCUACUCGGGUCGACAGUCCUACGGUCUUCGCGGUCUGCUUCAUGCGGAUGCUCUUUUGUCAACGGGGUGCAAUUGGAAGGUCGGCAUUGGCAAUUCCAUUCUAGCUGGAAGUUCAAAUUGGGUAAAUGGUAAAUCGCCUACCUCCCACCCAGGGGUCCUCCUCGCCACUGAAAAGGAUUGGACAGUUAAUUUAUUCAUUCUUCCUCAGACCCUCACUUGGGAUGUGGAAAAAGUACAUCAGUGUUUUAUACCGGCGGAUGCUUCCACAAUUAUUUCCAUGGAAUUUCCAGCUUUGUAG